AAUUGAACGCGUUUCAAAAUCGCCGCAGCAAAUCAGGAUCUGUGGGCUGGCCUUUCUCCACCAACAAGGGAUCGGGGAGAAAGAGAGAGAGAGCACGGACCAGCCCUUGCUUGCUUGUAUGGGGAGAGGCGUUUCCAGCGCCGCUCCCACUGAAUUGAAAGCGCUGCUUCUUUCGGCGCCGCUGCUCCAGCCAUGAUUGCCCAGAGUCAUCCCAUUCUGUCUAUCCUUUUCUUUGCGUUGAGUUUCAAGACGCUGCGAGUCCUGCUGCGAGCGCAGAGUUUCACUCUCCCCCCUAAACAGGUCGAGGGGAACAAGACCAAGUCUUGGAGAUGGACCAACCUCAGCGUCUCCCUUGUGCAUUCAGCAAUCACAGGACCGUGGGCUUUGUUGUGCGUAUACAACUCUCCUGAAAUGUUAACUGAAAUUUUAACGUUCCAAAGUUCCUUUUCAUACUUGCUCGUCUGUGUUUCCACAGGUUAUUUCAUUCAAGAUGUGGCUGAUAUUGUCAUGAAUGGCCAGUCUAGAGCAUCAUGGGAGUUCCUGUUGCACCAUAUGUUGGUAAUUUCCACAUUCCUGUAUAUUGUGCUGAGCCACCACUAUGUCGCUGGUGCUGUUGUUGCAUUGUUCGUUGAGAUAAACAGCAUUUUCCUCCACACCCGACUGCUUCUAAAAUUGGCGAAUGCACAGACCUCUCAACUAUACCACUACAACAAGUACAUCAAUGUCUUCACCUAUAUUGUUUUUCGGCUGUUUUCUCAGUUUUACCUCACUUGGUUCAUGAUGAAGAAUUUAAACGUCCUCCCAAAUGCAGGCUACAUCAGUCUAUCCUUGAAUACAAUGAACAUCAUGAUCUUGGUUUACUUCUACCGUCUGGUCCGCACAGAUUUCCUCAGGAAGCCGAAGCACUACUUACAGAAUGGGAACAAUAACACAAAGUUCGUGGAUGAUUAAAAGACUUGUGCAUUUGAAAACAAUGGUUUAAAAUGGAAACAGAUUCAUUGAAUUAAUUUAAGGCUGAACUAAAUACUUGGAACAGGGUAUCUUACAUUUUAACACAGCUGCCUGUCCAAGAUUGCGUUUCUAAUGUAAAAUAUAUAAUGGGAUGAGUCUUAUGGCCACUUCACAAAGAAAAUAACACAGCCAGUAAAAUAUGUAUUAUUCUUUAAUAGCCAAAAUGGUGAUAUUGAGUAGGACAAGAAUUGUAAAUUUAAAAAAAAGUGUUGUAAUUGUAGGGAUAAAUACAGUGUACAUGUUUUCUUAUAAUUCAUAGUAAUACAGGAAAUAAAUGAUAAAAGUGUAAUAAUACAAUUAAGGAGGCCUGCUGAGCUCCCCCAAAGUAAAGCAAAAUUAUUCAGUCACCGGAUGAACAAUAUAAACAAGAUAAGUUCGUGUUUCAUACCCAGUCUGUACUGAGUUAGCUGAUCGCUGCUGUGACAGUGUUGGGGAGCUAGCAUUAGUUUCUGUGCUCUUGGGUUAGGGAGCUGAAAAAGACCUGAGGUUCCUGCUUUGAAUACACUAUCCAGUAAUCCCUGAUGAAAGUUCAGAUGUGUGGGUGACCAGGUGUAGGGCAAAAUUGGGCUCGGCUGUGGUAAGUAAUCUGCCAACGCCGUGGAUUCUGCAAUUGUGGAAUCCUGGUAUGCAUGCAUUUAGUGAGGUAGGAGUUGCCAUGAGGAUGUGCCUCUGAUGCUCACCAAUUUUCCAGAGUCAGGCUACUCUGUGUUAACUUUGGUAGGCCUCAGUCAAGUAGUCUGCCUGGAGCAGAUGUGGGAAACAUGUGCAGGUGGACAUAGAAGCCUGCCACAGUAUAGUGUCAUUAGCAUCCUUCGCACUUAAGAUAUUUAAAAACCUGUAAACCUUUUUUUCAAAAGCACCUUCACCUGUGCAACCAAUUGAGCUACCAUUGAUUGCACAGGGCCUUCCAGCCCCUUAACAAUGAAAUAGUGCCUCUGCCAUCAUAGCAAUGUCAGAUGCAGGGACAAACAGGCCCUUUAUCCCAGGGAUGUUAACACUGGAAAUGCUGGGAAAUCCACUAGAUGAUGUAUUCACAUCUAUUAUAGGGUAAUAAUAAUUGCCCUGCCCAUUUUAUAGGCUUAAGGUUCCUCUGACAGGAUACAUGAAAAUGGCAGGGAUGAGUUAGUAGAGAAGUUCCUUAAGAGGUUUUUGCCUUAGCCUGCUGGUGUUAGGCAAGAUUCAGAAUGUAAUUCCUGCAGAAAAUCCCACUGUCUAUAUUCAUGCAUAAUUUCUGGCUACUUGGGUGAGGUACAUAGGACCUUUGACAUACUCACAUUAUGUAAUGCCAAAACAAUUAAUCUUUAAUUAUGCUACAAUAAUUACUGUCCUUGUGCAGAUGACUUCAUAGCAUUGUGUUUGCAUUAAGCACUUUGUGUUUAACUGCAUUUGUAGAAUUAAAACUUACCUUUACAAUUGAAACAAAACUAAUUUAUCUAUCUGCAUUUUACUUAAGUAUAAACAGUAAUUGCAGUGGAGAACAGUAGGAUACUGAUGUGUGUAGUAAUAGCGCAACUCAUAUUUCAAAAGGUUACAAUCCACUGUUUACUCAAAAUGGAAACAGCAGUUGUGUAACCCUCCUCUCUGACGUCUUUAAAGGCAGUUUCUACUGUAUUGCAAGGAGAUUGAGGAGGCAGUAUUUAUAAUGUGUUAGCAUUACCUAUUAACGUACCAGCACCACUGAUUAAAUAAAGUGCAAUAUCAAAGCAGAAAUAAAAUUCUACUGAACUGUUUCAACAUAUCCAUAAUUUGUAAGAAGUAAAACAGGUGGAAAGAAUUUAUAUUUUGCAUUUUUCACAUUCUUCAAGGAUAUUUAUUCUACGUUUCAGAGGGACUGCAUUUCACCUGCCACCUUUUGCUGCUCCAAAACUUGCUAAACAGGAAAUUCUAUCUUGCAAGCCAAACAUUCCUAAAGACGUGACCAUAAAUGAAUGUCAGAUGCCUAAAGCAAAAUAAAAAGAAAGGAAUCGGCAUUAACUCUCUCCUGUGCAAUUUGUAGCUUAUUGGAAUAACUCAGAAAAGUGGGAACGUGGGAGCUUUGUGUUGUUCGAACAAUUCUGGCAGUUUUUUUAAUGCAUUCCAGAGCUUUUGUGGAUUACUCCCAGUCCCAAUUUUUUCUCUAAAUUUUAUUAAUAUUAAAUGCAAGGCUUUUUAACAUUUGUCCCUAUAGAUUAGCCCCCAUCCCAAAAUGUCGAAGUGUGACUGCGUAAUUAUGGGAACCGCAUCACUAUUUUUGUAUGUCAUAUCCUGUCUACUUUUGUAGAAUUAAAUGAAGCAUUGCGAUUGUUCUUUAAUGUUAUUUUACUAAUAAUACUUUCUAGAAAUGUCCAGCUGCAGCACUGUGCUCCUCCUAGAUGAGGAAUGAGAUUUGUCUCAUAUAUUUGCUAUAGUUUUGCCAACAGGCAGCAAUAACCCAUGGUUAUUAAUGAACACAUUCAGUUUGCUUUUAUAGAGGUGUACUGCACUGAUUGAUUUGGUAUGAAGUACUGAUGCAACUCAUUACAUCUGUUAAAAGUUAGAUUGACAAGAUGAGUGAUCAAUAUUUAUGACAUCUGAAAGCAACCUAGCUUUUAUAACAGUGUGCAUUGUUGCUUGUGACUUCUUCAUUAACAGGCAACUCCUGCAACAUCUGCUGCAGCAUUCACUACACUAAGCUUAUUCUGUUCCAUAAAAAAAACAGAGCUGGCCCAGAAUAUUAUAAAACCAAGCAUGAAAGAGGUGAGUUACUCUAUGAGUGACACUCCGGUCCUUAACAGAAUAUUGAAUAUCUAAGGAGAAUCUGAUGUAUUACCAUUACAUUUAGUUUGUUAGGGAGGGGUAAAUGUAACUAUAUAUCCUUUUUAAUCCCAACUGGGAUGAUAGGCAGAUAUUGGGAUAUUAAGGAUCUGCCUGAACUAGUGGAAUGUAUGUUCUUUUCAUUAAAGUUGUUGGUGCUGCUAAUAGCGUUUGUUGCCUUGUAUAAAAAGAGACAAUAAAAUGUAGAGUUUUCUAUGUUUUUCAAAAUCUUUGACAAAUAAAAUUACAUUAUGUGAA